AUCCGGUCCCCAUCUGCCCAUUUCCGAGCCUACUGUGUUUCAGGCCUGGAGCCUGAAUGUGAAUUUAAGCAAUUUCUAUAUGUUUAUAUAUUUUGUGCAGUGAAAGGAGUCUUCCUGAAGCACAAUGUCCGAUCUCGAGGCCCCCCUGCGCCCAAAGAGGAAGAAGGUGUGGGUAGACUAUUUUGUCCGGUUCAGAUGGAUCUUAGUUAUUUUUGUUGUUCUCCCAAUCUCCUUCACCCUUUACUUUCUCACUUACCUUGGGGAUGUCAAAUCAGAGAUGAAAUCCUACAAACAGCGUCAGAAGGAACAUGAUGAAAAUGUUAAAAAAGUGGUGAAACGCCUCAAAGAGAGGAAUCCAUCCAAGGAUGGUCUUGUUUGCACUGCUCGUAAACCCUGGAUUGCUGUUGGAAUGCGGAAUGUUGACUAUAAACGGGCUCGGCACUUUGAAGUCGAUUUAUCAGCUUUCUGUAAUAUCCUUGAAAUUGACAGGGAGAGAAUGGUUGCUAGAGUUGAGCCACUUGUAAAUAUGGGACAGAUUAGCAGGGCAAGUGUCCCAAUGAAUCUUUCCCUUGCAGUGGUUGCAGAACUUGAUGAUCUCACUGUUGGUGGGCUAAUUAAUGGUUAUGGGAUUGAAGGUAGCUCUCACAUCUAUGGCUUGUUCUCUGACACAGUUGUGGCUUAUGAGAUUGUUUUGGCAGAUGGCCAGGUUGUUAGAGCCACCAAGGACAAUGAAUACUCUGAUCUUUUCUAUGCCAUCCCUUGGUCUCAGGGAACACUUGGGCUUCUUGUCUCUGCUGAGAUCAAGCUUAUUCCUGUUAAAGAAUACAUGAGGCUGACCUACAAACCUGUAGUGGGUAAUCUGAAAGAACUUGCACAGGCCUAUAUAGACUCGUUUGCACCCAGAGAUGGAGAUCAGGAUAACCCAGAGAAGGUUCCAGACUUUGUGGAGACUAUGAUUUAUAACUCUACCGAAGGUGUGAUGAUGACAGGGAGAUAUGCCUCCAAAGAAGAGGCCAAGAAGAAGGGAAAUGUGAUAAACAAUGUUGGUUGGUGGUUUAAACCGUGGUUCUAUCAGCAUGCGCAGACAGCCCUAAAGAAAGGGGAGUUUGUAGAGUACAUUCCAACCAGAGAAUAUUAUCACAGGCACACAAGGUGUUUGUACUGGGAGGGGAAGCUUAUACUUCCAUUCGCUGAUCAAUGGUGGUUUAGAUUUCUCUUAGGCUGGAUGAUGCCUCCAAAGGUUUCUCUUCUCAAGGCUACUCAAGGUGAAGCAAUCAGAAACUAUUACCAUGAGAUGCAUGUCAUUCAGGAUAUGCUUGUUCCUCUUUACAAGGUUGGGGAUGCCCUAGAAUGGGUUGACCGUGAGAUGGAGGUAUAUCCCAUUUGGCUAUGUCCGCACAGGUUGUUCAAGCUUCCUGUGAAAACUAUGGUGUAUCCUGAGCCAGGGUUUGAGCAUCAGCACAGACAGGGAGACACAUCCUAUGCACAGAUGUUCACCGAUGUUGGGGUGUAUUAUUCACCUGGACCAGUGUUGAGGGGUGAGGUGUUCGAUGGUGCAGAUGCAGUUCGCAGAAUGGAGAACUGGUUGAUAGAAAACCACGGCUUCCAGCCUCAGUAUGCAGUGUCUGAGCUGAAUGAGAAGAAAUUCUGGAGGAUGUUUGAUGCUGACCUCUAUGAACACGCCAGGAAGAAAUAUGGAGCUGUGGGAACCUUCAUGAGCGUGUACUACAAAUCCAAGAAAGGAAGGAAGACGGAGAAGGAGGUGCAGGAAGCAGAACAAGCCCACCUUGAGACUGCUUAUGCUGAGGCUGGUUAAUAAUGGACUGAUUUUGAAGUGAAGUUUGGAAAUGUGAAAACUAUAGCAUUUCUUUCUUUGCUGUUUCUUGCGUUUUCUGGUUGUCGCUGAUAGAUUAGACUCUUGUUUGGAUGGUAGUUUCCAAUCGUACUCGUGUUCUAGAUAGUCUUGAGACUGUAGACCGCUUCUCACUGCUGCAGCCUGCAAAGGGGCAUCAGUUGUUUGGCAACUGUUGUGCAGCUUGGGGAGUGCGUCUAGUCAGGUUAGGUUACCGUUGUGUUGGCUUUAUUGAGUGGAGUUGUAAUUGGCACUAGAGAAGAAAUGAGAGAUGAUGAUGAUGAUGAUUCACUCAAAAGUGAAAAUGUUAUUUUCUGGUCUCCCCUCUCUCUCUGUUCCAGCCGGUAACUGAACAGUAUAUUCAAACGAAAUUAUUUGUGAAAAAAAUAAUUCCAAGA